AUGUCUCCUUUCCGUUUGGUGUAUGGCAAGGCUUGUCAUCUUCCUGUCGAAUUGGAGCAUAGAGCUUAUUGGGCUAUCAAGAGGUUGAACUUUGAUUACCAAGCUGCAGGAGAGAAGAGAAAGCUUCAGUUGAAUGAGCUUGAAGAAUGGCGAAACGAGGCUUACGAAAAUGCCAAAAUCUACAAGGAAAGUACCAAAAAGUUUCAUGACAAAGCCAUUAUUCGAAAGAAGUUUGUACCUGGUCAGAAAGUCUUGCUCUACAACUCCAGACUGCGUCUUUUUCUAGGAAAACUGCGUUCUAAGUGGAUUGGUCCCUUUGAAGUGACUCAAGUUAUGCCUCAUGGUGCCAUUGAAAUAAAGAAUUUGCAAAAUGAAGAGUUGUUCAAGGUUAAUGGGCACCGUCUCAAGCACUACUUGGAUACGACUUUAUCAGAAAUCAAAGAAGUUGCGUACUUUGAGGACCCAUCAUCUGUCACUCCUUAG